AUGAAGAUGAAAUUUGAAAUGAAAGGAAGUGUCAAUGGGCAUUACUUUGGGAUCGAAGGAGAAGGGAAAGGGUAAGUGUAAGAGAGACCACAAUGAAUUAUUUCAUUACAAUGCAUUACGAUUUAUUCUAGCCACAGAGUUGAAUAUGAUCAUGCCGCUGUCGUCAAAUCAGGGUCUGAUAUCACGGCACUAAUGAUUUUUUGACAUUAUCAAGAAGAGAUUCAAACUUUUUUCGAAAAGCAAAGUGAACAAGAUCAGAGAUUCAUAAAAAGAUUUUCAGUCAUAAACUAUAGGCUUGUUUUUAUUCGAGUUUGCAAAUUACCUAGGGUCUUUGACAUCGACUUCUUCAUCUGCUUCCAGAAACAGGCGAGGUGUAAAGGCUACUGUAAAGCUCAGUCACGCCUAAAUUCAUCUGCAAUACUUGAAUUUCUUAUAAGUAACAUGAAAGGUUAUGCAGUAUUUUACUUACGUUUGAAUUAUCAUGAGCAUAAAAUAUUUGGUCCUCCCUAAUUUUCGAAUAUUUCGGGUGAUACAUGAGCCGUUUUUGAAAAUAGUUUUUAACACUCUUAUCAUCUUAUUUUAGAGGAAUACAAAGUUCGACUUUCUGGGUCACCAAGGGAGGACCCCUACCAUUGUCCUUUGGCAUACUGUCGUCAGCGUUCAAAUAUGGAAACAGAUGCUUCACUAAAUACUCUGACGACAUGCCCAACUAUUGUAAGCAAGCAUUUUUAGCUGGAAUGUCGUAUGAAAGGACAUUUACACUCGAGGAUGGAGGCGUUGCCACAGCCAGUGGACAUACUAGGUAUAAAAGAGAUGUUUAG